GGCAGCCAUCAUCUUUUUUCGACAUGUCAAUAAAUUCCUCAGUGGAAAGGUGAUGAAAGGCAAGGCAAGGCAAGGAGUCUACUGAGGUGGAACACCACUCAUUGAGCAAUGGAAGAACUGAUGCUCAUUGAAAUCAGCUAGGUGUAACUUAUCAGGCCCUCAAUGCCAAACAUUAAAACAAGUAAUUUCCUGAGAACCUGCGCCCUUUGCCACCCCCCUUUUUGGAGGAGUGCUUCAUCAGUUGUCAUCAAAUAGGGUCACAUCCUGGAUGAAUCCAGAAGAGUGGGUUGAUGGAGCAGAGGGGGAUGAGAAUGGAAUUGUCAAGAAGAGUAGAAAGGAUUGUGUUUGUCAGAAACGCUGCUUUGCUCUCUCUUGAAGAGGGUUGAAUCCAAAAUCCCUGUGACAAAAGGGUGAGAAGAUGCCAAAGACAUGGUAUUUUUUCCUGCUCUGUUGGCUGUCCUUGCGGCUUGAGGCUAAUCCUGGUCUUAAAGUGAGGAUUACUCAGAAGGGGCUGGACUAUGGGAGGAGGAUUGGGAUGGAGCUUGUGAAGCAAGCAGUAUUGAAAGAGACCUUCCCAAGCUGGAGUGGGCAGGAGAGUCUGUCAGUUGUUAAGAUCAACUAUGUCAUUUCCAGGCUUAGAAUUAAUGCUGUAGAUUUCCCAGAAACUUCUGCUUCUUUUAUUCCUGGCACUGGCAUUUGUCUGUCGGUGGCACGGGCUUCUGCUACAAUCAGUGCAGACUGGAGAAUGAACGCAUGGCUGCUCAAAGGCAAAGGAGAAAUUACUGUGUCCAUCUCAGGACUGUUUAUUUCCAUUAUCUUCAAAGUGUCACGGGAUAGCACAGGCCACUUGUCCACAUUGCUACACAAUUGCCAGCUGAGCAUUGAUAGUGUAAAAGUCAAGUUAAGUGGAAGAUCCAGCUGGAUCUACAGCUUCCUAUCUGGUUAUCUUGAGAAGCCCAUUCACACCAAAUUGGAUAAAAAUCUAUGCCUAAAUAUCAAAUACAAAAUCCAAAUGAUGGAUGCACAGCUUAGAAAGCAUAAGGUCUUAAGCCAGAUUGACGCCUUUGCUCAAGUAGACUAUUCCCUAGUUAGCUCUCCAGCAGUCUUCAAAUCACACAUUAACUUGGAUUUGAAGGGCACAGUCUAUCCUGUAGGUAAUCACACAGACCCUCCCUUUGUGCCAGCUCCGUUUGCUCUCCCAAACCAGGGUGAUUCCAUGAUAUACCUGGGAGUCUCCAAUUAUUUUCUAAAGUCUGCUUCACUGGCUUACUACAAAGCAGGAGCCUUUAACAUCACCAUCUCCGAAGAGCUUGCUACUACUUCUAGCUUAAAUACCUCCCUACUCAAAUAUUUUGUCUCCAAGAUGUCCCUGAGUCAGGCAGCAGCGUGCCCAGUGCUGCUGAAGCUGAUGGCCACAUCACCACCCACAGUCAGUUUAAAUGCAGACAGAUGCAUCCUACAGAUCACUGGCUCUGUAGAAGUGUUUGCUGCUCUGCCAAAUUCAACCACCCAGUACAUCUUUACAGGGAACCUAACAGCCAGUACCAGAGCCAAUUUGACAAUAACCAAAGAGAAGUUGAUUAUCUCAUUACUUCUGAAGAGGUUCCAGUUCUCCCUACUGCACUCCAGUCUUGGUUUCCCUGAGCAGAAGUCAGUGGUGGAGAAUUUUCUGUCGUAUGCUUUACGGAGAGUAGUAAUCCCAGUAAUCAAUGAUAAACUAGGAAAAGGAUUUCCUGUUCUUAAUUUGGCCCACACUAGCCUGACUGGACCUGCAAUAAAAAUGAAUCAGGGUCAUCUGGUUAUUUCCACUGAUGUUCACUACCAGCCAGAGGAUGGGGAAGAUGAGGACCUCCACAGCCACUCCUGAUGUCUUUUUACUUCUAAAGAAUAAAAAGAGAAAAAUGUAGUUUUCCUUCUGUUAGCUCGUAGGGAGUAGAUGCUAUAACAUUAGGAGCAUGGCUUUUCAUCACUAUUUUUAGUGUUUUAGUAAAACUUUUUAAGCACUUUUCACAAAGUGAAUGUGUCGGUUUUUAGUACAGUGAGUGUAGCUAACUGUUAUUGAUGCUUUGGAAAAUUUGUUGCAGCUUGAUCAGAAGGAGUGACUAGUUCUUUUCACUAGAGUUAUAGACACUACAUUUUGUUAAUUUUAGGAACAAUUUCUUGCAUUAUUCAAUUUAUCUCCAUUCGUGUUGGCAAAAUUUUGUGUAUGGAGUGAAAUCUUAUUCUUGGUAAAUGUUUCACAAUUUGUCCCUUUGUAACUGGAUAGCAAGAGUGGGAAGAAAUUUAUAAAAUCCAGUUAAUUGCCAUAUAGUUAUAGAAUCAUAUAGUCUAGUUCAGAACACUGGCUCAAAACAGGACUAAUUAUAUAAGGUUACUGAGCACUGUGUCCAGUCAAGUCUUGAACUCCUUCAAGGAUGGAGGUUCCACAGUCUCUCCAGGCAAUCUGUUCCACUCUUUAACUCCCUUCAGAAUAAUUUUUUUUCCUAAUAUCAAAUCAGCAUUUCCCAUGUUCCAGCUUGUUCUGUGGCCUUUUGUACUUUCACCACACACUUCCAAGAUGAGUUUGGAUCCAUUUUUUCUGUAGUCUCUGACCAAACCAUUGCAGGCAACAAAAUGGCCUUUCAAGCCCUCUCUUCUCAAAUCUGAACAGGCCUAAUCUCUCAGACUCUCCUUGUAGUUCACGUUCUCAAGCCCCCUUGAGAACCC